AUGGAGAGCGGAGCUAGUGUCUCAUCACCUAGAAAGGCCCAGGCACCCUCCUCCCCGCCAUCCGGAGCACCUACUCCAGCACAACCAGGAGACAGGGCUCAGGGUGAGGAGCUCUCCUCCAGCAGUCUGUCAGAGCAGGGUGCCCACCAGACCCCCAGCAGCACGUGCGCGGCCUGCCAACAGCACGUGCAUCUGGUGCAGCGUUACUUGGCCGAGGGCAAAUUAUACCACAGGCACUGCUUCCGGUGUCGGCGGUGCUCCAGCACGCUGCUCCCUGGAGCUUACCGAAGUGGGCCCGAGGAAGGCACCUUCGUGUGUGCGGAGCACUGUGCCAGGCUGGGCCCGGGUGGGCGGUCGGGGACCAAGGCCGGGCCGCCUCUGCAGCCGAAGCAGCGGCAACUUGCAGAAGAAGCCGAGGAUGUGGACGGAGGCGGCCCCGGCCCUGGUGCACCUGUCGGGGCUGAGGUGGAUGUGCCCAAGGCCGGCCCCGAGGCCCGGCCCCAGAUCCCCACCAAGCCCCGGGUUCCAAGCAAACCGCAGGAGCUGGGCAGCUCUCCGGCCGGCCGCCCCACGCCUGCCCCGAGGAAGGCGUCUGAGAACACGGCCCCGACGCCCCCCACGCCCCGGCCCCGGUCCAGUCUGCAGCAUGAGACCCCGGGGGAGCCGGGUGGUGGCAGCGGCUUAGUAAAUGGAAGGCUGCACGAACCCCCCGUCCCCAAGCCGAGAGGGACCCCCAAGCUGUCUGAGAGGACACCAGCCCCCAGGAAGGAUCCCCCAUGGAUCACACUGGUGCAGGCAGAGCCAAAGAAGAAGCCAGCCCCCCUCCCCCCGAGCAGCAGCCCCGGACCUCCAAGCCGGGACAGCAGGCGGGUGGAGAACGGAGGCGUGGCGGAGGUGGCCCAGCAGAGCCAGGUGACAGCUGGCCUGGAGCCCAAGCCCUACAACCCCUUCGAGGAGGAGGAGGAGCAGGAGGCAUCCCCAGCUGCACCCGGCCUGGCCACAGGCCCCGCCCUGGCCCACUCGGAGUCUACACCCAAGUCCCUGCACCCCUGGUAUGGCAUCACCCCCACCAGCAGCCCCAAGACAAAGAAGCGCCCUGCCCCCCGAGCGCCCAGCGCCUCCCCACUCGCUCUCCACACCUCCCGCCUCUCACACUCGGAGCCUCCCUCGGCUACCCCGUCGCCAGCCCUCAGCGUGGAGAGCCUGUCGUCCGAGGGCCCCGGCCAGACCCCGCCUGGGGAGCUUCUGGAGCCACCGGUCGUGCCCAAGAGCUCCUCAGAGCCUGCAGUCCAUGCCCCUGACACCCCCGCGACCUCUGCCAGCCUCUUCGCCAACUCCUCCCUCUCCUCCUCUGGGGAACUGGUGCAGCCCAGCACAGACCGGACACCCCAAGCCAGCCCUGGCCUCACUCCCAACACUAGGGGCAGCCCGGGGCCCCAGCCAGCCAAGCCCUGCGGUGGCGCUGCCCCCACGCCUCUCUUACUGGUUGGAGACAAGAGCCCCGUGCCUUCUCCUGGAACCUCAUCCCCGCAGCUCCAGGUAAAGUCUUCCUGCAAGGAGAAUCCCUUUAACCGGAAGGCAUCACCCACAGCAUCCCCAACCACAAAGAAGGCCACCAAGGGAUCCAAGCCAGCCAGGCCACCUGCCCCAGGACACGGCUUCCCACUCAUCAAGCGCAAGGUCCAGGCUGACCAGUACAUCCCCGAGGAGGACAUCCACGGAGAGAUGGACACUAUUGAGCGCCAGCUGGAUGCCCUGGAACACCGUGGGGUCCUGCUGGAGGAGAAGCUUCGUGGCGGAGUAAAUGAGGGCCGUGAGGACGACAUGCUGGUCGACUGGUUCAAGCUCAUCCAUGAGAAGCAUCUGCUGGUGCGGCGGGAGUCUGAGCUCAUCUAUGUGAUCCAGCAUGGGGGCAGCCCGCAGCCGCCUCAGCACUUAGGCAUUGGUUCCUGGCUUCCUGGGAAGGCAGAAAAGGACUGGACAGAGGAGGACCGGGGCCGAGAGAAGGUGCUGAUGCAGGAGCUCGUGACCCUCAUCGAGCAGCGCAACGCCAUCGUCAACUGCCUGGAUGAGGACCGGCAGAGGGAGGAAGAGGAAGACAAGAUGUUGGAAGCCAUGAUCAGGAGGAAAGAGUUCCAGAGGGAGGCUGAACCCGAGGGCAAGAAAAAGGGGAAGUUCAAGACCAUGAAGGUGCUGAAGCUGCUAGGGAACAAGCGUGAUACCAAGAGCAAGUCCCCGGGGGACAAGAGCUAA